GGAUGAUUGGUCUUGUCGUUCAAAUUAUAGGCGGGGGUGAGGAAACAUGGACAAAUAGUCAUUGCCAGAUUCUUUAUUUGUGCUCAAAACUCACUUGAAGUUGAAGUAUUUUCUAGGUAUUAAAGAUGCCAAAGAUGGAGAGUAAAUUGUCACUGUUGGCUGCAUAUGAUGAUAUUAUGAGGAAGUCUAGAGUUCUAAAGGCAGGAGAUGAAACAGAAUUUAGACGAUUUGUUGGAAACCAGGAACAGUGUCGAGUUAAAUGGCACAAUUUAGAAGUAGAGGUGGAACACCUUCAGGAGAGAAUUCAUCGAUUAGAAGCAGAAAACAGCGGCUUAAACCUGAAACUUAAACACGCUAGAGGGCAGAUAGAAGAGGAACUAGAAAAACGACUGAUAUUAGAACACGAACGCGAGGAACAGGAGCGGCAGAUAGGGUUGAUCAGAGAGCUUUUGAAUGACCGCAAUGGCCGAGGAACACUGAACGAGCAAGAUAGAGAGAAACUGUUCAUGCUUAGUACCACCCACAGAUCGCAUCUAGAGGGAUCUCCCUCUAAAAGGAAAUCAGAAACUGCUCACAGAGAAGGAAAGAGACUAAGGACAAUCAACGAGUCAGCCCAUUCCAUGUUGUCAGAUGAUGAAUACGAUAAGACAGAAGAUGACCUUCACACGACCUACCUCAGAAGUGGACGCAAGUUUAAGCGACCCUCAGCCCCUCCAAUGGAGGAGGAAUUUCCCAAAAAGAGAAGAAGUGGUGAUGAGAAAGACAAUUCUAUUAUCACCACGACAACUGUGACCAUCGGAGCAGAUGGAGCACCUGUUGCUGCAGAGACAGAGGUCAAAACGGUUAAAACUCUUAACAAGAGCUUCAGUGAGCCAGCCUUAGACAAACACGUUGCUGCCCCAGACAGAGAUGCAGACAGUGAACCCGAGUCAGAGGAUUCAUACUAUGCCACGCCCAGAAAUAAUAACAACAAAAGACGGAAGUCCCGGGGAAUUCUCAAAACCACCCCAUUGGAAGCACCCAUUUUGCGUAAAGCCAACUCUGCCGGUCGAGGUUUGAACCGAGUCCAUGUAUUCAUGUCCAAAACUAUCAUCAAACCAGAGAGUUGUGUACCGUGUGGAAAGAGGAUUAAGUUUGGUAAACUAGCAAUGAAAUGUAAAGACUGCAGGUCCACAUGUCACCCUGACUGUAAGGAUAAGCUCCCCUUGCCCUGUAUACCCCUAGCCCCUGGUACUCCCAGUGGUAACAAAGCUAUUGGGGGAAUUAUCGGGGACUUUGCCCCAAUAGAGAGACCCAUGAUUCCAGCUCUUGUGGUGCACUGUGUAAAUGAAGUGGAGGCCAGAGGACUUGUUGAAGUUGGCAUAUAUCGUGUUCCUGGGGCUGACUCUCAGGUCAAGGAGCUGAAAAAGGAAUUUAUGAAAGGAAAAGGUUUGCCAAACUUGUCCCACAUCGAUGACAUUCAUGUGGUAUGUGGCUGCCUGAAGGAUUUCCUGAGAGGACUGAAGGAGCCCUUGGUGACCUUUGGACUGUGGAAGGACUUCGUGGGUGCUGCAGAGAAUCGAGACCGCGCUCUGGGUCUGUCGGAGAUGUACCAAGCCAUUAGUCAAAUGCCUCAGGCUAAUAAAGACACACUAGCCUUCCUUGUCUUGCAUCUACUCAGAGUUGGUGAUAUCCCGGACUGUAAAAUGCCUCUUAGUAACCUGGCCAAGGUGUUUGGACCGACCAUCAUAGGCUACUCCGUGCCAGACCCUGAACCACUACAGAUGAUCAACGAGACUAAAUACCAGUCUAUGGUGAUGGAGAAGAUGUUCGAGAUUCCUGUCGAUUACUGGGAAUCAUAUCUGAAUGUGGAGGAGGAGAACAUUUACCCAAACCAGUAUAACACCCCGAAAACCCCAGACGGGGCACUUCCCCACAGUCGCUUGGGCCCGCUGCACACUCCAGGGUCGCAGGAAUUCCGCAGUAAAACGUGGAGCAAGAACUCCUUCACUCCCAAUAAAGGCAAGAAGGGUCGACUCCUCCCUCCUCUCGUACCACUGCCUCGGUCAGUCAGCGAGUCCAUGAUAUAAGAUUCUCCAGCAAGACUCAACAUAUCAGCAAAAAGCCAAGUCAUUUCUUUUCAUCACCGAAACUCAACUAAGGCCAAUGUGGUUCAAGUGAAUUGUGAAUUCAUGUAUAUACGACAUUGAUCAGGAAAAGCUAGAAAUGUUGUUAUGGAGGGCAGCUUUUUGUAGAACAUACGGAGUUUUUUUGUAGAUACAGAGUAUCUGAAUCCUGUACUGUAGCUUGUGUGUACAGCCAGUCAGGAUAACCAACAGAUAUGUUGAAGUAUCAUAUCGCAGUAUAUCUGUUUGUGCACUGUAAAUACGUUGUAUAGUUGUACAAAAUGUCCCGGCACCACCGCAUGUGUUCAUCUUAUCAGAAUAAUCUACAGGGCUCAGAUGGUGCCCUGGCAUCACCGCAUGUGUUCAUCUUAUCAGAAUAAUCAACAUGGCUCAGGUGGUGUCUCGGUACCACCGCAUAGGUUCAUGAAAUCAGAAUACCAGUAAUCUACAGGGCUCAGCUGAUAUAUAGACAACAAACACGAGUUUCUCAUUGAGUCAUUCGGUGUAUAUUUUCAAUGUAAUUAGUUUUAGAAUCAUGUAAUCUGUCAAUCUUGUUUAAUACUAUGACGUAGUAGAAAUCUGUGGGUGUAAAAAAAAAAUUUGAAUAUUUUGGAUUUUAUGAGAUAUCGUCUUUUUUCAAGUUUGCUAGAAAGAUGUUAUUUAAAAAUUGACAUAUUGUAGUAACAGUGUUAUAACCACUGAUAUUUACUGGUAUCAUGCAGUAGGGAAAAUCAAUUUCUCCUUUGUUUAAAAGAUUUCUACAAAUUGUAACGACAUGUAUAUUUAUUGUCAUAUAUAAUUUUAGAUUGGUGUGGCGUGUACAAAUAAUUUUAUAACACAUUCAUAAUGGGUACAGGACUUCUUUCUUUUGAUUUCGAACUUCUCUCCAUCUCUUACUUUUGAUAUAAAGGUGUUGAAAUAUAUAUGAUGAAUGCAAGCAAAAAAAAUUUUUUUUUGCUGUGCACAAAUACCGGUACCAAAUCUUAUCUUUGAAUAAGAAGUUGAUGGUCUUCAUGUCAAGAUUUUAAGUUUCUGAUAAGUGUUUUAAUCAUGUGCAAUUCAAAUAGAAAUGUAACUUUUGUUUUUUAGAUUCAAGGAGUACAGUUAUUAGAAUAAUAUGUACAUACAUCUUUUGACAAUUUUAUGUUUCUAAUUCUAAGUUUUGUUUCAUUGUGUAAUUCAAUGUCAAAUUUUGCAGAAAAGAAUAAAAGAAUUUUUGUCUUGAAGGCUAUAAA